CAUAGAACUACUAUCAUGGCACCCAAGCUGUGGCUCCUUCUGGUGACUGGAACACUUCUAGGACUUCCGAGGUUGGCCACUGGAAAUGGCAGUAACGAUAAGGCUCAGUGCUCGGUGAUACCGGGUGACAGAAUAGAGUGCGGAUAUGCAGGAAUUAGUUCUGAAGAAUGCCGUUCCAGAGGAUGCUGCUUUGACUCAUCUAUUCGCGGGGUCAAAUGGUGCUUCCGCUCCAAUGACUACAAUGAGGCUCAGUGCUCGGUGAGUCCGGCUGACAGAAAAUAAUGUGGAUAUCCAGGA